UUGUCGGCGCAGGGCUCUGGCAACAGCUGUGUUGUUAAACGUUUUCUAGAAAUUUAAGCAGAAAUUUUAGAAAAUAAACUUAAAUUUAAAUAAAAUACCUUUAAAAUUAAUUACGUUAAAAAGAAAAGUGGACUUAAAUAAACCAGCAACAUGUCUUAUAUGUUACCACAUUUACACAAUGGCUGGCAAGUGGAUCAGGCCAUUUUAUCUGAGGAAGACCGCGUAGUGGUCAUACGUUUUGGCCACGAUUGGGACCCGGCCUGUAUGAAAAUGGAUGAGGUCUUGUAUAGUAUUGCGGAGAAAGUGAAAAAUUUCGCUGUCAUUUAUUUGGUGGACAUAACCGAAGUUCCUGAUUUCAAUAAAAUGUACGAAUUGUAUGAUCCCUGUACGGUAAUGUUUUUCUUUCGUAACAAACAUAUUAUGAUUGAUUUGGGUACUGGUAAUAAUAACAAAAUCAAUUGGCCUCUUGAGGAUAAACAGGAAAUGAUUGAUAUUGUAGAAACAGUAUAUCGGGGCGCCCGUAAAGGUCGCGGUUUGGUGGUAUCACCUAAGGACUAUUCAACGAAGUAUAGAUAUUAAGGAGUACUAUUAGUAUGUAAGAUAUUUUAAGUUCUUUUUUUUAAAUAUUUGGUAAAUAAAAAUAUAAAAAUUUUGAAAAGAU